AAAACCUCGUAUACGGCGGCUUUGUCCAUCGCUGACGGCGCUCCGGUGUGAUCCGAGAAACACAGUUUUUGAGCAGCACAACUCCAACAAAAAUGACUCGUGGAAAUCAAAGAGAUCUGGCUCGUGAGAAGAACCAAAAGAAACUGGCCGAUCAAAAGAAGCGCCAGGGAGCCUCUGGACAAGACGGAAAUGCUGGUCUAUCGAUGGAUGCUCGCAUGAAUCGCGACGCUGACGUCAUGCGUAUCAAGCAGGAGAAAGCGGCAGCCAAGAAAGAAGCCGAAGCCGCUGCAGCUGCUGCAAACGCAAAGAAGGUCGCCAAAGUGGACCCAUUGAAGAUGUGAUUGAUUAAUUCUCACUUUUUUUUGAUCAUUUUUGUUUUAUUUUAUUCGUAUUUAAAAAAACAUCGUAUGGGUUUCCCAAAAAAAUGAAUGCCUCUGUCUCCU